UAGGGACAAUAACUAUCUUGCUUUUAUAUUGUUCAAAUUUCUUGAAUUGGAUUGAACCCAGUUCCAUCUCCUGACGAAUAGGGCAAUCACGUUGCUUGCACUGAUUUCUUCCAGCUUCUUUGGUCUAGUGUGAAUCAUGAGAAUCUUUCUGUUUCGUCAGUUUUCGACUUUGCUAGAUUCUGUGUCCAUUAAACCCACAUCUGCAGAACCUCAAUUUCAUGGAAAUUUGAGGAGGAAUUGGAAUUCAAUUCCAAUACCCAAAAGAACACUCCCUGAACCCAAAGGCCAAGAUCUUGAUUUUAUAAAUGUUGCACAUAGCCACCUGAUUCAUACUGAUUGGGAUAAGCUUAAUUUAUUAUCUACUCAUUUUACACCGUUCAGAGUUAAGCACAUCCCGCUAAGGAUGAAGAAAGAUCAUGUUCUUUCACUGGAAUUCUUCAAUUGGGUCAAAACCCAAAACACUAAUUCUCGUACACUUGAAACCCAUUCGAUAAUCCUCCACACUCUUACCCAAAACAGAAGAUUCAAAUCUGCUGAGCUCAUUUUGAAGAGUAUACUCAUUCCAGGUUCAUUAGAUAUUGCAGAUAAGUUGUUUGAUGCAAUUCUUUAUUCACAUGGAAUGUGUGAUUCCUCGCCUCGCGUGUUUGAUUCACUCUUCAAGACCUAUGCACAUAUGAAAAGGUUCAGGAAUGCUACUGAUGCAUUGUCAUUACUUAUAUGCUUGUAGGUUAAACUUUCAAUAUCCUGAAACAUAUGUGGAAAGGCAUCAGUGGGGCAGGCUUUGUUCCUGUGGACCGGAAAUCCUCGAUUGAUCUCAAAGUCCGAGAGGACCUGAGAGUUCGAAAAUCCUCGAUUGAUCUCAAAGUCCGAGAGGACCUGAGAGUUCGAAAAUCCUCGAUUGAUCUCAAAGUCCGAGAGGACCUGAGAGUUCGAACAAUUAGAGCAGCUGAGACCGACUUGACACUGAUGUACAGCCUUGAAGAUUCGGAACCUCGAGAGUUCGGCAUGGAAGCCCGAGCUGGAGCAAGGGAAGGGCAAACCAUACCCCUUCCACACAACAAAGAAAACUAAACCCGCAUCUUUCUCCACCAAGCCACUACUUAGAAAUCCUCAAGCCACUCACGCGAACUGGGCCCGGUCCGCUCAGCCUCACAACCGGGCUUCAUCUGGCUUUCUCCACAAGGCCGGCCUGGUCUUCACUGCACCUCGGGCCGAUCCCAUUUGGGCCCAGCUUUAUUCCUAUCCUCCGGCCCAACCCGGAACCCGAAGAAGGAUUCAUCCAUCCGCCUCGUAGACCCGCCUACAUGCGCACAGAGAGAAUCAGAGGCCGUUACGCAUGGAGCAGAGAUCUGAUUCACUCGUACUUCAGCGUAGCAGGGCACGUCACUAGCAGACAAAAGGAAACAUAUAAAAGGAGAAAUACUCCUCUCUAUGUUUAAGCUUUUUCUAAGUUUAAUAGAGUCCAUUGUAAAAACACUAUUUCUCUGGAUCUCAGUUCAUCAGCUACAUAUACAUUUUUUUCAUAUGAAGGAUUAUGGAUUUUUUCC